AAAAAUGAAAAAAAAAAAAAAAAAUUUGAGCUUCGGGCUCAGCCAAAAAAGCCAUUAACCUUGACAUUACCAUUUCUCAGAAAACCGAAAAGGAAUAAUAUUUAUAUUUGAAUAGUAUAUGCAGCUUCCAUUGAUUUGCAGCGUCAAUGGAUUCUCUUCCGAAUUCUCUCAAUCCAAACAAGCGCCUUAAAGAAGAAUUUGUGAGCAAUUUGACAGGAUCUUCCAUGCUUGAAAUCGCUGCGCUUUCCACAUUAAUCCCUAUUGUGAUACUUGUGCGCCACUCAAUCGGCUUCAAUCGCAUUGUUGAUCCUGUUACUAUUGACAUCAAAAGGAAGAAAAAUGAUGAUGCAAAAGAUUGUUCUACAAGUUGGUCAGAUUAUAUGGCUACAUUGUUUAUGGAUUUUAUUCUCAUUGUGCUGCCCAUCCUUGUAUUUUUCACAGUUUUAGCAGAAUGGACAUAUAUAUUGGUGAUUUUGUUGACGUUGUUACUUAUUCUCUGUGCUGUGGCCAAAAGAUUGAGUUCUUAUUCCCCCCCAAGGGAAGGAGGGCUUCUUUCUCUCAGGGAAAAUAUUUCCUCAUACAGGGUGGCUACGAUGAUGAUAACAUGCUUGUGUAUCUUGGCUGUGGAUUUCAGAAUAUUUCCUAGAAGAUAUGCUAAAACUGAGACUUAUGGUACUAGCUGGAUGGAUCUUGGGGUUGGCUCAUUUGUAGUAGCCAAUGCAUUAGUUUCACGGCAAGCGCGCAAUAUAUCAUCUAUGAAAUGGAAGUCUGCAAUUCAAUCCACUGCUCCACUGAUCAUUCUAGGAUUUGUUCGUCUGCUCACUACUGCCGGUGUUGACUAUCAGGUUCAUGUCGGCGAAUAUGGAAUGCACUGGAAUUUCUUUUUCACACUAGCUGCCAUAUCAGCUCUGACAUCCAUUGUUAAUGUUCCUCCACAAUAUUGUGGAAUCCUUGGAUCAUUAGUUCUAGUAGGCUACCAAUAUUGCUUGUUGAAUGGGUUAAACUUGUAUCUGCUUUCUAACAAUAGGGGAACUGAUCUAAUCAGCCAAAAUAAGGAGGGUGUUUACAGCAUAUUAGGUUAUUGGGGUAUGUACCUUCUUGGUGUCCAGCUUGGGAACUUUCUUUUCUUUGGAAACCAUUCCUCUGCUACAAUGAGAAGCAAUGAAUGGGCAAGAAUCAGAGCUUCGAUACUUUCUUUUCUCUUUUGGUCGUUAACUGUGUUUCUGGACAGCUAUGUAGAGAGAGUUUCCCGUAGAAUGUGCAACCUGGCUUAUGUUACCAUGGUAUUGGCUAUUAAUCUACAGUAUGGACUCUGCUCUUAAGGAAGUGAUAUGACCUUUGCGAAAGGAGUAGAGAGCUGGUAAUUCAAAAACUGCAUAUCAGUUUUGGGGAGGUUGAACAGAUGACCUGUAUGGUUACGGAAAAAUAAGUUGAGUGGGAUAUGGCUUUAAUACACAGUUAGUUCUCAUUGAGGUUUGCUGAAUUUAUUUUUGUUUUUUCUGUUCUUGGUCUUUUUCUUUUUUCUUUUUUUUUUUAAUAAUUUCCUAAUUAGUGGAGGUUUGGAGGGCAUUUAUUUAAUGGUAUUUUCUCGAAUUAAUUAUAUGUUUCCUCCUGCACUUUGGUGGCAGUGUCAGCGUUAUAUUCAUAGAAGCAUUUAAAGACUGUCAGUCUGGUUUACGAUGGUUAUAACAGUUGGUGAUUAACUAGAUUAUUCGAGAAAAUUAAGUGGAUUUAACAGUCAUCAUAGAUUAAUCAAUACAAAUAAAAAAGUUAGGGAUUUGAUAGCUAAAAUUGGAAGUUUAAGAAUGAAAUUUACACGUUCAAAAUUCAAGGGGAUAAUGUAUAGUUUUUCCUACCUUUUUUUUUUUUUCUUUUUUUUUUUGGCCUUUUUCC